AAUUAUCCUUUGUACAUCCGAAGCACUCCCACAGAGAAUGAGCUCAAGUUCCACUACAUGGUGCACACGUCCCUGGAUGUGGUAGAUGAGAAGAUCUCUGCCAUGGGAAAAGCACUGGUGGACCAGAGGGAGCUGUACCUGGGCCUACUCUACCCAACUGAGGACUACAAGGUAUACGGCUAUGUGACCAAUUCCAAGGUGAAAUUUGUCAUGGUGGUGGAUUCCUCCAAUACAGCCCUUCGAGACAAUGAGAUCCGCAGUAUGUUCCGGAAGCUGCAUAACUCCUACACAGAUGUGAUGUGUAACCCCUUCUACAACCCGGGAGACCGCAUCCAGUCAAGGGCCUUUGAGAACAUGGUAACUUCGAUGAUGAUCCAGGUCUGCUGAGCUGGACCUCUCCCCUAGUCACCUGGAAGAGAGAAGCCUGUAUUCACCCCUGUUUGAUGAUUAUUUAUUCUCUUUCCUCUCCUUGAAUGUAAACCGUGGGCAGGGCUGUGUGCCCUGUGCCUUUCUACUAAAGCGCUCACACGAUGAGAUCUUUGUCCUGUGUCAGCAGAGAGGGCUCAGCUGAGGAUCUGCUAGUUGGUCUCAGAGACUGUGGAGCCAUGUAGGAGCUGUGACCAUAGCCUGGUGAUGUGACGGAGAACAUUGAGUACAAGAGGCUGUGGGCCUUAUUAUCUGAGCAAGUGGGUGGUCCAGAAGGGUGCAGGGUAUGGGGGGCCCAGAGACAGCUCCAGAGGGUGGAGGCAACCCAAGGUGAACAGCCACAUUUCUUCUUUGGCAAGGGCCCUCAAUGCUCUGGACCCACCAUUCAUUUGGCCCUGCACUUGCACCCAACCCCAGCCUCAGGAGGUGCUCAAAUCUGUAACACUUCAUGGAACAUAGCAUUAAAGCAGCUGCUGCUUCCCAUGCAAAAUGAGAAACCCCAGGAGCCUUUCCCAUUGUCAGUAAUCAUGGAGGUCAACAGGCUCCUCAGUGCUGCUCCUAGGCCACACGUCCCCAAGGACAAACCAGGCUCUCCCCAGAUAAAAGACUGUGGCUGUGUGGAGGUGGUGACUAAAGCUGGCCCUUUUGUGUCACUGGACAGUGUGGCUAAAAUGUGGUGUCUUAGGAGAUGGCAGAGGCCUAGAGGACCUGCCCCAGGUCUGAGUCCCCUUUAGAUGUUGCUGCUCCAUGCUGUCUUCAGAGUCUCUGACUUCCCCAAGUCAUCAGCCAAGGACCUCCCCAUUCACAGUAGAGUUUCUCCUGCCUGGGCCCAGCAGGCUGUGACUCGUCCACAUGAGCUGGGUGGGGUAGAAGAAGAGACAGCCCAGUGAGCACAGGGUCAUUGAAAAAUGCAGUAAGGGGGGCUGGAGAGAUGGCUCAGCGGUUAAGAGCACUGACUGUUCUUGCAGAGGUCCUGAGUUCAAUUCCCAGCAACCACAUGGUGGCUCAUAACCACCUUGAAUGAGAUUUGGUGUUCUCUGCUGGUCGGCAGGCAGAAGACUGUAACAUAAUAAAUAAAUCAAAUCUAAAAAAAGAAAGAAAGAAAGAAAGGAAAGAAAGAAAGAAAAAUGCAGUAUGCAGUAAGAAAAGAAGCCAGACUUUCUAACCAAUCGAUAUAAGUGGCAGGUGAAGUUAGAUUGAGAAGUUCACCAAGCAGCUAACUGAACCCAGAUGUACUUGGGUUAAAGGGUUUAGCAGGAGGUUGGGUUUGACACGAGAAGAAAGGCACACCAGUGAGGUGGAAUCUUGGGAUCUUGAGUAUUUAAGGGAGGUCACCUACCUAUUAGCUGCACUGGGGUCUGCAUCUUGUUCCCCAGUACUCCUCCCUCCCCUCCUUACAGACAAGCUGAGGUUUACUGGAGAAACUUGGCUAAAUGCCAUUUGUUUCUAUCCUGUUCACACCAGGACAGGUGGAUAAGGCAUGUAAAAGGAGAGACCUACAGGACAAACCCUUUAAAAGUAGGCUCAGCUGAUGUUUAGAGUACUCAAGACUUUCUGCUUUUUUCCUGCCUGGAACUUGAGUGUAACAGUGGGAGCUUAGGCAUCUCUCUUGAGAGCAUGAAGAUGAGAUAAGGACAUGCAGAUAUGAGGACAGAGCAGAACGGAGCCUGAGUCUGGGCUGAUGGGCUGGCCCUGGACUGUUCACAUCAGCUUUUCAUAUGUGAAAAUAAAAUAUAGCUCUCUCUGUUUAA